AUGAGUGAGCAAGAGAAUCCUAUCAUCCUUCACUGCAUUUAUUGCAACCAUGAACACCCUGAGCUCGAUGGGGAUGCUCUCUACGAGCACAUUGAACAGAAUCUCGAUGACCUUAAUAAACGUUUCAGGGAAAGAAGAGCCCUCAACGAGGAGCAUCAUACGAUCAUCGACUGCCCAAUGUGGCCUGGUUGCCGUCACAGGCCUCUGAACUCUCUAGAGGGGGACGGCCAUGCAAUUAGCUGGACAUACGUGGAAAUAGCAUAUGACACGAUGGGGGACCAUAAGGAAUUUAUUUCUUGCGAAUUAUGCGGCACCCGUCAUGUCAUAUUGACUGGACAAUUCCUCGAAAUUCACAUCCGCGAUUGCCAUAGCUUAGUGUUCGAGAUUCCCAUGGUUGCGCACCCUUCGCCAUCUGAACUAACUGAACUCCCACCGUCAACGAUGUCUGGAUCUGACCCCAUGGAGCCCGAAGCAGCAGAGGAGUCUCAGGUGGACGUGUCUGAAGCUGAUGUAGUUGAAGCGGAGGAUGCUAGGGCGCAGGGGUCCGCAGAGGAGGCCGCCGCCGAAGCCGAGUACGACUCCGAAGAGGAAGAACCCGAAGACCUACCUCAUGACCUCGGACCAUUCCGCACGAGUCUCGAGCAAGCACUUUCGAAUAACAUCUUGACUGUCGAGAACUUCGCACAGGUUAUAUGCACCAUAUGCCGUGAUCAUAGAGUUCCCGUCAAACACCUUCCCCGGCUCAAUUUCUAUAACGCUCUUCGAGCCAGGCUUGCUCCGCUUCUAGAUCAAUUGAUGUACAAUCCCAGGGUCCACAACAAUAAUCGAGUGACCGCCCAAUAUGCCACGCGCAGAAUCCAAGGGACCACCAUUGGCGAAGCUAUCCUUGAAAACAAAGUCAGACCGAUCCAGGUUCUCUGUGAUCUAGGGUUCCGCAUCAACGAUAUUAUGCACAGCAACCUGACCGUGCUGGGUGCGGCCAUCCUACGCCAGCAAAGCAAAAUCGCCCAAUACCUCCUGAACCCUGAAUUCAAGGAAAAGUACGGCGUCGACCCUUUCCGUCCCGUAACUCUGGACACUAGAUUUGCAGACAGCACCACUCCGAUUGCCCUAUGCGUGAACAGAUAUGAGUACGGGGUCCUAAAAACCAUCCUCAGCUACGAGACACCCCCGAACGUCAUGCGAACCGAAGACGUAAAUCAGCUCUUCCGAUCGCAGCUAUGGAACCGCCUUAGCCAUAUAGUCCACGACCAAUACUUCAGGGACGCCAUCUUCGCGGCACGCAACGCUCCCAUCUCCCCGAUCCACUGCGCUGUUGUCAACCCUGACCUUUUCGUCCUGCGAAACCUCGUCUGGGUCCGAGCAGAUCACCCAAACAUACUCCCCGAUUUAGCCGAUCACAUCAACGCCGAGAACAACACCAUAAUCCAGAACGCAACCCCUCUCCUUCUCGCCCUCCACCGCCAAAACGCAGAAGCUCUGACUAUCCUCCUCAAAACUCCCGGCAUCGACCCCUCACGGCCAAACUCCCGCAUGCUCACUCCCCUAUAUUACGCUGCCCGCAUAGCUAAUCUCGAACUAGCCCGCAUCCUAAUAGAGUACCGUGCUGAUCCGAGAGUUGUCACAGCCAUGGGCACGCCGCUUCAUGCACUGGUGCAUACGUAUAGGGAAGCCAAGGAACGGCGCAUGGCUGAGAACCCCCAGGAGUGGGCAUUCCUCAAAGAAAAGCUUGCACGGCUUCAGCUUCUUUUCUUGGAGAGUGGCGUCGACCCAGAUGCUAGGCCUGAUGGGGCUGAUGCCAUGGGCAGGACGGCUGGCGAGGAGGCUGAGCUCGUGGAGUAUUGGGAGUUUUCGAAUGUGCUUGUUGCGUUUAGAAAUGCUGCUGCUGCUCCUGCUCCUGCUGCGGCAGCGUGA